AAAGAUGGGUGGCUUGCAUGCUGUCGAAGAUCGACCCACGCCGAAGGAGGUGUACAACUGGCGUCUGUAUACCGAGGCAUUGAUUAUUGCGACUGGUUCUUUGCUAAAUGCUCAUAUCAUAACAGCNUUUGGAUACGACUCGGCGUUCGUCGGUACAACCAUCGCUCGUGCUAGUUUCAAGAAAGACUUUGGUAUCACGAAGGCUACAGCUGCUGGUAUAUCCAGUAACAUCACCUCCGCCUUCCAAGCAGGAGCUUUUUCCGGCGCUCUGUUCUGCUANUUUCCUCUUUCUCGUGGGCGCCAUCUUGGUGACGGUGGCGACUCAUCAGCUCUCAUUCAUCNNUACACUGGACGCGUGCUUACUGGUCUUGGAUGUGGCGCCAUCACUGCUACAGUACCUAGCUAUAUCGCCGAGCUAUCAGUACCUUCGAUUCGUGGUAUUUUGACAGGAUUUUUCGAGAUCGCAUACCAGGUUGGCUCUCUCAUCGGGUUUUGGGUCAACUAUGGUAUCAACAAGAACAUGAACGUCAAGUCUUCGUUGAGCUGGAGGAUCCCGAUGGCCAUUCAACUCAUACCCGCUGCAAUCUUGCUGGCCGGUGGUUUCUUCCUACAUGAAAGCCCUCUAUGGCUGAUGCGUAAGGGACGCGAGGCAGAAGCCAAGUCAGCACUCGUUCAGCUCCGCCAUCUAACUGUUGAGCAUGAGUAUCUCCAGGAAGACGUCCAAGAUAUGCAGAGCAGACUCGAUGAGGAGGCAGCAAUCGCAGCCCGCUAUGGCAGUGGCUCUUUNGCUUUCAUCCGUGGUUGUCUCAACGAGCUUUCCCGUCCAGGCAUGCGCAAUCGCGUUCUGCUUGUCUUCUGCGCCUUCGCCUUGCAGAAUCUGUCCGGUGCCUCUGCCAUCAACUACUACUCGCCUACAUUGUUCGGUUCCCUCGGUGUCACAGACAUUCCGUUGUACACGGGUAUCUACGGACUUGUCAAGGCUGUUGCUUCGAUCAUCUAUUACAUCUUCUUUGUUGACAUGCUCGGUCGUCGCAAUCCGGUUCUGGUGUCGUCGAUCGCCUGCUCGCUAUGCCUGUGGUUUGUGGGAGGAUAUGUCAAGGUCGGACACCCAGCAAGCGCCAUCGCUGCCGGUGAGCCUCUGACAGCAUCCACAGCGGCUGGCGGACGUGCUGCGAUUGGCAUGAUCAUGAUUUACUCCAUUUUCUGGUCCUUUGGUCUGAAUGGUAUUCCCUGGAUUGUGUCGGCUGAGAUCUUCCCUGGCUCUCUAAGAGUCCUUACGGGCACUUACGCUGCACUCUGUCAAUGGCUAGUCCAGUUUGUCAUGACAAAGGCCUUGCCAUACAUUUUCACCUCGUUCGGAUAUGGCACCUGGUUCUUCUUUGCAGCU